AUGCCCACCUGGACCCGCCUCAUCUGCUUCAUCUCCACUGACGAUCUCUUCCUCCGCGGUUCGACCAAAGAAGCUACGCAAUUGAAGGCUAAGGCCAUUCUUGGAGGCGAUAUCUAUGACGAGACUGGUGUUACGUUUGUUAGUGAUGAGGUGGCUACGGUGAAGAAGCUGUUAGGGCCCCUGAAGAUGGGAGAUGUGCCGUUAGUGAGGUGCGUGGGGUUGAAUUCUAGAAGACACAUCAAGGAAACAGGCCGUACGCAGCCUCCGUUUCACUCUCUGUUCAUCAGACCCAACACUUUUAUACAUGGCCAUGGUGCUCCGAUUGUUAUUCCGAAGAUUGCCCAAGAUGAUCAGGCAGAUUAUGAGGGCGAGUUGCGCGACCCGAUCCUCGCCGGCCCCAUGCCUCAAUGGAACUUCUCCAAAGGCUUCGACACCUAUUGCCCGCUCGGCCGCUGCCUGGUCUCCUCCGCGCUUAUCCCCGACCCAAGCAAACUGCAUCUCACGACGCGGGCGGUCAGGGAGGUGCGGCAGAGCGAGGGGCUCGCGGAUCUGAUCUUUGGGGGGACGACGCUGAGGAAGGGGACGGUGGUUAUGACGGGGUCGUCGGGGGGCCUGGGGUUUGCGAUAGCGCCGCCGAGUUUUUCGAGGCUAGGGAGUGACGUUGAAGUGAGUGUUGGGGGAAUUGGGACGCUUAGGAAUGGGGUGGUAGCUCGGUUUCACUAUCGUCGCUCUUUACCUAUGUACCGCUUGCCUUUCGCGAUACUCAAAGCUGCCCAGAGGGAGCUUCCCUGGAUCUUCAGAGCGUGCUCUCCGGUCCCUCCCCUCCAGCUCUUCCAUCUACCCUAA